AUUGCUUUCUUUCUCAGACUAGUAGGAGUCAGAAGUUAUAUAUAAAGUAGUUCAUCAUCCAGAGAGCAGAAGAUUUAAAAAGAAUGAAUCAAGCCAUCAGAUUGAUAAGGACCCAGAACCCAUCUGCUGCCUCCAUUUUCUCAUUCCCUUCGAGUCGGCCAAUUAAUCAGGGGACAUCAGCGGUCGGAUUCAGGAAGGUUACAACUUUUUCUAGCAACCCAGAUAACAAGCACGACAUGGAAAAGGCUCAGAACCCAAAUGAGAAAACUGGGGAUGUGAUGUCCCAUUCAUUUGGGGAAGGAUACGCCACAAGGUCUGAUGAAGAAGGAUUUGGUGGGAUUUAUGGAGGAAACCAGUCGGUUGUUAAGGAGGAAACUGACAAAGAAAUUCAUGAGAAUCACCCUGUACAAAAGUAUGCUAAUUCACCAUUUCUCCUGUGAAGAAAAGAAGGCUAUUGCUCCUUGAUUAGCGAAUGAGACGUCAUGUAUAGGGGAAAGGCAUUCGGGCGCCAUAGAUAAGCAUGCUUCUUCCUUGGCAUCUUCAAGCAACACCCCUUUAGCACACGCAUCAGAAAAGGGCAAGGGGCAAUGGUCCCUGUGCCUUGUGCCUGGUAUUCCUCUUGAAAUGAUAUGGUAAUUCUGGAUGGCUUCCUAUUCAUUAUACGUCUUUCACCAGCUGCAUGUCACUUGAGUAUAUCCCUUUACACAUCACUAUGGCCAUCUCUUAAGCCAUGCUUUAAGGAUUAAUGGUUGUACACCCAUCUUCAAAUAGCAUACCCAUUACCAGAUUCUGCCAUUGAUUCCUUCAAAAAAAUGUAUGCAAUCUUAAUCCUUUGUUCAAAAUUCUGAAAAUAUGAUCAAGAUUCAUAGAAUUUUGAAAUUGUAAAUCCAUUUUUUAAAGAGUAUUGGCGUUUUUCUGCGAGGAA